AGGGCGCGGCGCCGCCAGCCGCAGCCGCUCAGCAGGUACCGCCGCAGGACGGCCAACGCCCGCGAGCGCGAGCGCAUGCGCGAGAUCAACGCCGCCUUCGAGGCGCUGCGGCGCGCGCUGCCGCCGCUGGCCGCACCCGCCGCCCCCGAGUCCGACGACGACGACGCGUCCGAGGAGCAGCAGCGCGCCGGCGAGAAGGUCACCAAGGUGGCCACGCUGCGCCUCGCCAUCCGCUACAUCACCGAGUUGACGCGCGCGCUCGAGACCGUCUCGUACUCGCCGCCGUCGCCCGCGCUGCUGCCGGCGCCGUGCGGCCAGCAGCAAGAGGUCUUCUCCGUGCCCUACUCCGCGCUGCAGACCCAGCAGCUGCCGCCGCCGCAGCAGCAGCAGCAGACUGUCGGGGAGGCGGCGGCGCUGCAGCUGGGGGUGUCGGCGGCGGUGUCGCUGCCCCCGGUGUCGACGCUGAUCCUGCCGCAGAGCGCGCCCUGCGGCGGCUUCUUCGCCAGUGACGCGGCGGCCGGCUGCGAGCAGCUGCUGACGCCGCCCCCGUCGCUGACGCCGUCGUCGUCGCUGGGGGCGGACUGCGUGGCGCCCGCGCUCGACGACACGUGGCCGCCCCCGGACCUCUGCCUGACGCCGCCGCCGCUGCUGGAUGACGCAUUCCUGGCGCCCCGGUGACAACGGCUGCACACGCUUGGGCCGUGAUGCGAGUAACUGCGCCACGAGAACCAGUUCGUCCCGCAGCAGCGACCGCGGCUUGCGGGUGACGUCACAGUCAGCAGGGGAGCCAGUGACGUCACCAGAGUGCUGCGGUCCACGUUCUUUGCCUGAAAAUGGCACUGCUUUCGCCAUAUCUACUGCGUGUGCUGUAUAGCUACACAGACAUUGCUCAGUACAAAGUGAUGUUUCCUGCGAUUGAGCGUUUUGAGAUUAUUUAAGAUUCUACUGCACUCAUUCCCAAUAGAAUUACGAGAACUCGAAACAAUAAACUUUAAGCUUAUGAAACGUACUCUAUUCUUAUACUGUUUUGUAGCUCAUAAGACUGUGUGAGGUUAAAGUGUUGAAGUAAAGGUGACUAAGUUAUUUUGCAUGGAUUUAACUACUGAAAAAAGUACAAUACAUGUUUCACAUGAGACUUACAUAGUAUGUAGUAAUCCAUUACUUCUUCUCAGAUAACAGUUACAAGAAUAA